AUGGGCGACUUCUCACCUCCCCCAUACCAGCUCCUCUCCGAGGCGAUUAUAUUCUGGAGCGUCGCAAUCGUGCUAUACAUUGGAAGGAUGCAGUUGAUCUAUACAACAUUGCUGGUUUUGAUUCAAGUCUCCGCCCGCUAUGCGUCUAAUCUCGUCGAUCCGGCACAAUACGAUGAGAUUAUGUCCAACCCACAAGAAGUGCGUGAUCGUAUCUUUGGGAGCAAGAUCGUCAUUGGCCUCGAGCAAUGCAUGUUAUUCUCCACCUGGGGGGUCAAGGGUUGCAUGUUGACCAUGUUCUGGCGGCUCACCCAGAAUUUCCGGCUAUUGCGGAUGUAUGUCAAUCUGAUAGCCGCCUUCAUCGCCGUCGGCUUCCUCGUUACCAUGGUCACGUACUAUGCCGUCUAUUGCCGGCCAUUCUCACAGUACUGGGCCAUGCCGGUGCAGGACAUGCAAUGCGCGACCUACCAGUACUACUCCAUCACUCAGGCAGUCUUCAACAUCUCCUCUGAUGCUGCCAUGCUCGCGCUGCCAUUUCCCCUGCUGCGGAAGGCCCAGAUGAGGAGGGGAAAGAAAAUCAUGCUGGCGGGCGUCAUGAGUUUGGGUGUCUUCACCAUCGCCGCUGCGAUUCUCAACAAAGUCUUCAAUUUCGCCUCUCCCUUGACGACGACUUAUCAAAUUUGGUAUAUACGGGAGGCGAGCACUGCGAUCUAUGUCGCGAAUAUGGUUUGUCUGUCGCCCCUGAUUCGGAGGGUGUUCAGCUCGAAAAUGUAUCAGAAGACAAAUAGGCCGCAUGGUCAGCAUGCUCGCUGGCAUGGCACAAAUCCUUCCAGCGCAUCGCGUUCCGCGCAAAGCAGGGGAAAACCGAGAUACUGGCACCCGUUCCAUUUCUCCCAUACAUACGAAUGGAAACUCGACCAGUCCACCAUGAGUGUUAAAGGAAAGCCCCACGAGGAUGAUCCUGUUGACCAACGAACAAGCGAGGAGGCUAUCAUCAGAACGAUCGCCGGAUAUCCGGAAAGGACUCUAGGUCCGCAUAGAGCCAGUUCCUAUCGCUCUCGUGAGGACGAAAGUCAAUACACGUUCGAGGAGGGAAUAGAGCUGAAGCAAAUUCAUAUGGUAGCGUGA